AUGGCCUCUCGCCUGGCAGCAUCUCGAAUCGUUCACGCCGGCCGUGGAUUAUCGCAACCGACGGCGUUCGGAAAACGAAUGGAUCGAUUAUCGAAUCGAGUUUGGGGAGAAGUGGUCAUGCCAACUGACACCAAGAGUUUGAAGGUGGUGCGUGUGAUGUCAGCCGAGCCAUACGAGACAAAAGAGCAACUAUCGCCGGAGUACUAUCCGAAUCUUCCCAUGUUUCACUAUUUGACGAAAAUGCUCCGCUUCCACGGACUCUUUUUCGAUGAUCAUGUCGUUUUUCGAAAUGUUCAGGACAAUUUGAAAACGAUUCGCGGAAAAGUGGUCCGUCCGCCGAUUGGACAGGGAAAACGCGCUCAAUUGAGAGGGAAGAAAUAA